AUGGCCGAAGCUCGGCAGACCCCUGUGGGUUCCCGAUCAGCUCUCCAGAAGCCUCCUCCGCCCCCCGGGGGGCCUCCUCCUCCUCCCGAGUCAUCCCAGGCUGUCCCGGAGCCUCCCGUCUCCUCUGCACGGGCUCCCUGGCGGUCUCUCUCCCUCCUCCCGUGGCUUCCGACGCGGGGCACUUGGGACUCUCCAAUGGCCCAGCCUCGGCCUCCUGCCUUUCCCGAGGAGCUGCCACCUCGCGUCUCCCGGCCCGCCGGCCCUUCUCCAGCCCUUUCGUGGCUCCCCCCCCCCCAUUCCCUCCGCAACGGCCUCACCCUCGGGCUUCUGGCCUUCCUGUGGGGGCCAGGAUAUGCCUUGGGUGCUCCGGGGAUCGCCCUGGGGUGCCCCUUUGGGCUCUGGGAGCCGACUCUCGCGUCUCACAGGCCGAGGCCACGGCGCACGGGACCAAGCGGGAUGCUGCAAGCUGGCACCGAGGUGCCACGCAGCAUCCCGGGAGCCUGGCAGCGCUUCCAAAUGGCCAGCGCUGGAGGGCGAGAGAGAGGCUGCGGCUUCGAGAUCGCUGAAUCGGAGAGAGGUCUGGCACCUUCCUCUGGGCACGUGCCCUGCCCUUCUCCUUGCUUGGGCUCAGAGGGUCCAAAGUCGGGCAGGAGCAGCGGGCACCGCCCAGAAGAGCCUGAGGACAAGGGCAGUGCCCCAGGGUGGCCAAAUGCCGCCUGUCUGAGCAGCAUCUGUGGCUUCCCCGGCUGGGGCACACGCCUGCUUCCUGGGGCUGCACGCUCUCGGGGACCCCUUCACCCUCCACUUUGCACGCCUCCAACUCACACCCACACCCACAUGCACACUCACAUUUACGCACUCACGCACCCAUUUGCCCCUGGCCAGCUCACUGAACUGGUGGCCCAGAUAAAGUGCCCUCAAAAGCUUCCCCAAGCCAGGCCCUGGCAACUGCCCAAGAUUUACCUGAAAGGGAAGAGUGUGCCGAGAGGCAUUGCCAUGGCAACCAGAGCUGGCACAUUCUGGGAGAGCCCAGUUUGUUUCCAUGAGUGCCCACUUCCCUCUGAGCCCUCCCCUGGCAUGGCCCCCCCACCUUCUCAUCGGUGCUCCGUGCCCUGUGCCCACUCUGGGGCCUCACCCACAGUCCCCACAGAAGCUGCCUACCACGAUGGGGUCUUUCCAAAAAUCCUCAGCCCUUUGUGGGCAUCAGAACAGCCUGACAACGGCCACGCCGGCGUCCAGAGGGAAUAA